AUGAAGGCCCUUUCUGUUAUUGUCCUCGCACUCUCCUUCCUCCUCCUUCUUCUCCUGGUUAAUCCCGAUGUGAAAGCCGAUGCCGCAGCUAUCAAAAGUCGUAAAACAGAAGAGAGACAUCUGCCAGCCCUGCUUAUCCAACCAGUCAGCAGCGCUGCCAUCAAUUCCUCGGAGAAAGCUGCCAACCUGCGCCUGUCCAAGGUGGUGCGACUGCUGGAACUGUUUGUGGCCCUGCUGCAUGUAGAAGACAUCAGCGAUGAGGACGGGCCGGGGGAUACGGAGUUCCGGACACACAAGAUCUAG